CCACAGUGCACCGCCAUGAACCCACUACUAUGCAGCUUCAUCCAAAAUGCAGCUCGACGCCUUGGCCUUCAACGUGGGCGUAUUUUAGGGGCGCCAUCCCGAGAAAAGCCGAGACAAGAGCGAUCGUGUCCUGCAACGUUUCCUGGCAAACCGGACCAGCGCAGCGUUCAGUGUCGUGGGGUUCGCCGCUGUGUGCACAUGGAGGGAGUCAGCCAGCAAGGUAUGCAGUGGGAGUGUGAGCGAGGGGGAGCAGGCCGGGACCAGGUGCCUGGCAAGGACAGAUGGGGGGUGGUGGGGGUCGCCGCCGCCCCCCAUCAGGGCGGCUUCAUCCCGGGAAGUCUCCAGGCGGGGAGGUGCCUCAUCACCUGCGAGGGAAACACGGUGGUCAAGCCCGAGUUCUACACACUGAACCCCGGAGGCACUGACCUGGUCUGGGCGGCCGCAGCCGAGGGGAAGGUGCCCUUAGGUGCCGUGCAGGGGGGAGUCUCGGAGUCAGGGGAAGACCUCUACAUCGGCAGGUGCAAGAUCGAUGGCAAGAAACUGCAUGGGAAGGUACAGCCAAGUCAGCAAGGUUGCCUGGUGCCACUUGCUGGGGGGGAGGCGAACAACAGCUCUUAUGAAGUGCUGUGUGCGAGGACGGUGCUCACCAACUUCAAGUUAUUCACAAACGCCGCCCGAAGAGUCAGCUCUCCCGGCAGCAGCGUCGUGACUCGCCUCUCGUCCCUCGCGCCCAUCUCGCCCAUCUCGCCGCUCUCGCCCACCAAGAGACGCCCGCUGCGAGGGUCGGGCGAGUCCUGGCGGAGGCUGACGCCGCCCAACAGCGGCAGCAACCUCCUGCAGCUGCCGGGCUAUCUGAAGAGCGCCGUCACGCGCACCACAAGCUCGGUCAAGUCGCGGAAGCUCAGCGGCCCCGGGUCGCCGAGCAGCCCGCGCGCGCCCACGCCUCGCACGACCAGCCCCGGCGACCUGACCUUCGUCACGCCCAAAUCUCGUGUGGGUAGCCCUCGCACGCCCACCAGCCACUCGCCCCGCCCGUACGCCACCAGCCACUCGCAACCGCCCGCCGCCCCAGCAGUUAUUCAGUUAAAAGAAGAAUUCUACUUCGGUCGCAAACGCACUCACAAUGAAUGCGACUUUGAGCCUUAUCGCCCCAGCAUGCGUACUAAUGAAGACGUUGGAUUCCUGCCUCCUCUGCAUCUCGUGAGGCCCCACCGCCUCCUUCGGGAGUCGCCAAACCCGCCUUUCCUCAAGCAGACGGACGGGCGGAGGAAUCUAGAAUACCUGUCGAUAUGGAGAUCUUGUAAGGCUUCCCUUGUGGAUGAGAUCUACAAUACACUGAUAUGGAAUAACCAUCUUAGCUUGUCAACCGACACGAGGAAUGCAGAGAUAGGAAAUCGUCUAACUACAGAGCCCAUAAAUGACACGCUCUCUAUAAUCCUAUCACCCUUAUCUCCCGAGGAACGAGGUGACCUGACCUGCCCUAAUUUGCCCCAUGACAGGAGCUCCGGAGACCAGACGUCUGCCCCGCCUUGUGCUUCUUCCCAAUUUAUUUUGAUAACACUAAAUUACAGUACUGAGUAUUACAAAUUAUGGGGUUUUAGUUUCACACCGAAAAGCUGGUUCUCGUGCAGCAACAUAGAAACAAGGCAGACCAUAAAACUUCGAGCAGCCUUCUUAACAGAUGAAGUCUGUGGCCAAACAAAGGAUUCACACCCACAGAGCUGA